AUGGGGCGCUACGAUACCAGGAAGCUCGUGCGCCUAGAGCUCUUCAAUUUCAAGUCCUACAAGGGCCAUCAAACCAUCUACUUUGGCGACUCCUACUUCACAUCCAUCAUUGGACCGAAUGGUUCCGGAAAGUCAAACUGCAUGGACGCGAUAUCGUUCGUCCUGGGGAUCAAGUCUUCCCAGUUGCGUUCUGCGCAUCUGAGGGAUCUGAUUUACCGCGGGCGCGUACUCAAGACUUCGGGCCCUAAGAAGCCGUCCACUGAAGAGGCGGAGGAGGAAGAGGAAGAAGAGGAAGAGGAAGGUAGAGCUACCCAGAGUGACCCUAAAACUGCCUGGGUUAUGGCGGUUUAUCUGAAUGAUGAUGGGGAGGAGCAACUUUGGAAAAGGGCUAUUACUAGUGCCGGCGCGAGCGAGUAUAGGAUUAAUAACAAGCAGGUCACGGCCGCGCAGUACAACGAUGCGCUGGAGGAGGAGAAUAUCUUGAUCAAGGCGAGGAAUUUCUUGGUUUUUCAGGUGUGUUUUUCUGCCACUCUAAGUGUGCGCCGGGUUGACGUUGAAUUUCAGGGCGAUGUCGAAGCAAUUGCCAGUCAAUCCCCGAAGGAUCUCACCAGGCUCAUUGAGCAGAUUAGCGGCUCGUUGGAAUACAAGGCAGAGUACGAACGCCUCAAGAUGGAUCAGGAGAAGGCAGCGGAAACAUCAAACUUUAACCUUAAUCGUCGUCGUGGGAUUAAUGCCGAAAUUAAGCAGUACCAGGAGCAGAAGAAGGAGGCGGAGAAUUACCAGGCGAAGCAGGAUGAGAAACACGAGGCGGUGGUAACUCAUAUCCUAUGGAAGUUAUUCCAUUUUCAACGGAGUGUGGAGCUCAAUAGGCAGGAGAUUGAGCGUCAUCAAGAGGAGCUUAAAGAAUUUCGCCGCGCUCAUGAGAAGUAUUAUGCGAAGCUUGAGGAAGCGAAGAGGGAGCAAGCUCAAGCGAGUAGAGCUGUGAGCAAGCAGGAGCGCGCUAUCAAGCGAAAAGAGAAGGAGGUGGAGGAGAAGGAAUCCUCGCUUGUUCCCAUCGAUGAGAAGAUUAGUAUUGCUGGGAAGAACUUGAAGAAGUACGAGUCUAGGAUAAGAGAUAUUACGAGGGACCGGGAUAGUCAGACGUCCGCGGUGUCGGGCUUGCAGAAGGAAUUAACGGUUGUCGGAAAGGCGCAGGCUAAAUUUGUGGAGGAGCAACGGAAGAUUGCUGAAGAAACUGGGGCGGCAUUAUCCGACGCUGAUUUGGCGGAAUACAACAAGCUCCGUGAACGAGUUAAUACAAAGGUCGCUGGAGAGCAGAUUAAGAUUGACAACUACAAUCGCCAGCAAAAGACUGAUGUUGAGACGGUCAACAGCUUGAGUAGCAAAGUUGAAUCAUCCCAAUGGCAACUUAGCAAGAUCGAAAGCGAAGUUGGGGACCUGCAGGAACGCAAAGGGCAGAUGAAAUCCGUCGUCGACCAGGUCGUCCAGGACAUCGAGGCUAAGAAGCGGGAGUACAACGCUAUGACUUCAGAAAGGCUUAGGAACGCCCAGAAGCAUACCGAACUAGACGAGAAGCUCCAGGACUGCCUCAACAAACUUCUCGAAGCCGACGACGGCCGUAGACAAUCUGAGCGUGAAAUCAGGUUGAAGGAGACCAUUUCCGCCCUAAAGCGUAUAUUUCCUGGCGUCAAGGGACGUAUAUCCGAAUUGUGCAAGCCGCGAAUGAAAAAAUACGGUGAGGCUGUGAGCACCGUUCUCGGAAGGCACUUUGACGCCGUUGUCGUUGAUAAUGAGAAGACUGCCAAAGACUCCAUCGAAUACCUCCGAGAUCAACGAGCCGGCCAAGCAACCUUCAUCCCUCUGGACACAAUUCAGGUGAAGCCUUUGAACUCCAACUUGAAAGGUAUGCACAGAGGUAUGCGAAUGGCCAUUGACACCAUUGAAUUCGAUAAUUCUGUGGAGAGGGCUAUGCAGUAUGCUUGUGGGAACGCGGUCGUCUGUGAUGAUCUCGCGGUGGCGAAGUAUAUCUGCUACGAUAAGGGUCUUGAAGUUAAAGCUGUUACGCUUGAUGGGACGGUUAUUCACAAGGGUGGUUUAAUGACUGGUGGGCGGAGUGGGAACUCCGCUGGGAGACGGUGGGAGGAUCAGGAGGUGGAGAAUUUGCGCAGACUGAAGGAUAAUUUGAUCGCACAACUUAAUGCUCUUCCCAAGGCUCGGCGGGGUGCGCAGGAGGAGAUGUUACAGGGGGAGUUAUAUGGGCUUGAGCAGAAGCUCGCUUAUAAUCGGGAUGAAUUAGUAAGUCUUCCAUCUAACUCUAUACGUGGGGUGACGCUGAUUAGUUUGAUUGCAGAAACUCUUGCAGCGGAGCCUCGAUAGUAAGAAAAAGGAGGCCGCUCAUCUUGAACGUCAAUUGAAGGAGCUCCAACCGCAACUUGAUGAGGCUACUGCGUCGCUAAAUAAUAUCCGUGCCAAGGUGGAGGAGCUUGAGGUAGUUGUUUCCGGGGCGGAAGAUGAGAUCUUUUCGGAGUUUACCACCCGCCUGAACUAUCCCAACAUCCGUGAGUAUGAGAAACGUCAAGGAUCUCUACAACAGGAAGCCGCCCAGAAGAAGUUAGAGUUCACCACACAAAUCUCAAAGCUGGAGAAUCAGCUGGCUUUUGAAUCCCAGCGACUAAAGCAGACCACCGAGAGAAUAGGCAAUCUUGAGAAGAAUGCCGAGAGAGACAGAGUCACUGUGGAAGAACUUGAAGCCGAAAAGGCGCAGAUUCAGGAGCAGAUGGAUGUUGUAAUGGCCGAGGUGGAAGUCUUGCGCGAGGAGCUGGGAUCGAGAAGAACUGAGCUCGAGACGCGGAGCGAGAAGGUCAACGGACUGCGGAGGGAGGUUUCCAAACGAAGUAAAGACGUCGAGGACACCACAAAACUGAUUUCUGGUCUGGAAGGAGAAAUUGAGAGAAAUUCUGCGGGUCGAUACGCAAUCCUUAGAAGGUGUAAACUGGAGGAGAUUGAGAUACCGCUGGCCGAAGAUUCCGCGCCACUGGACAACUUGCCCAUCGACGACACUCUGCAGGGCGAUCCUGAUGCGAUGGACGUGGAUGAGGACGAGGAUCCUAGUUCUAGUGCUGUCCAGAAGGUUCAGAUACAGGAUUAUGGCAUCGAGGUGGACUUUGAGGAUCUCGACGACGAUCUCAAAGAGGUACGUAUCCGCCCUGAUCACUCGUCGAUCGCUCGUCGGAAAUGGACUAACCAGAUUUUGUUUUAGAGCGGCGACGAGAGGGUGGAAGAAGAACUCCUCGACAAGAUCAAAACCCUUAGCGCCGAACUCGACCGCAUGGCGCCCAAUAUGAAAGCCAUCGAGCGCCUGGAGGGCGUUGAAUCCCGCCUGCACGAGACGGACAAGGACUUUGAAAACUCCCGUCGCGAGGCGAAAAAAGCCAAAGACCGCUUCCAAGCUGUCAAGGACAAGCGGUCCCGGCUCUUUAACAAAGCUCUCGAGCAUAUAUCCUCCCAGAUUGCGGGUGUGUACAAGGACCUGACCAAAUCUUCCAUCUUCCCCCUGGGCGGGAAUGCGUACCUCGACGCGGAGGACAUCGAGGAGCCCUACCUUGACGGGAUAAAAUACCAUGCCAUGCCACCCAUGAAGCGGUUCAGGGACAUGGAGCAUCUCUCCGGUGGAGAGAAGACUAUGGCGGCGCUCGCCCUACUAUUCGCUGUGCAUUCGUUCCAGCCGUCACCCUUCUUUGUCUUGGACGAGGUGGAUGCUGCACUCGACAACGCCAACGUGCAGAAGAUUUCGAAUUACAUUCGCAGUCACUCCGGACCCGGGUUUCAGUUUAUUGUCAUCAGUUUGAAGACUGGCUUAUUUCAGCGGAGUGAGACGCUUGUCGGGAUUUUUAGGGAUCAGGUGGAGUGUAGUUCCAAGAGUCUGACGUAUGUUCGCUCCAACGUUCUCCAUUAUUAGUGUGCGUGUGCUAAUUUGGCUGGGUGGGCAGGAUCGAUUUAAGGAAAUACCAAAAGGAUCCAGAGGUUGAGAAGAUGUUUGCUUAGACCUAAUUUUCUUAUUCGUUUUCGAUGCCCAAGGCAGUUUGUCGGUUAGAUUCUGGGUUAAGGCGGUGUUUGUUAAGUAGGUAUACUCGGAAUACCAUUAGUCCCAUCUUGUCUCGGUUUUUCUUUUACCUACCCACUCUUAUGUUUCUAUUCUAUUCUGUUCUAUUCUGUCCUCCUUAUUUUCGCUGGUUCUCACCUUUUUUGUGCUCCCGCCGGCAAACUGGCGAUGUGUAUGGUAGGGUGUUUGGCAUCCGCGGGCUGCCUGCCCACUUCCGAUCAACCAGUGACCUGAUUGAACGAACGGACUCGCAAUUGAACCGUGAUGCGCUGUAUCAACUGUAGCUUGGAAUGAAUACAUGGGUUAUGUUU